AUGGCUACUGCACCAGUAUCAACAUCACCGGCGGCGUCUAAACCCUCAGCAGCUGCUGAAGAGUCGUCGCCGUCAACGACAUUCGAUAUUGUGGCUUCUUACAACUCGCUGAUUGAGAGUGACCCAAACAUAACACCCCCAAUCGCGGCCAUUGAGUCGCUGAUCAACCUCCUCGCCACAUCGCCCUUGACAACCAUCUCCGAAACCCUCGCCCUUUUAUCGAGCCACUCCAAGAGACUGCUCCAGUCGCAGCGCAACCCGAUCCCACUCUCUGCCGGAACGGAGCUGUUUCAACGGUACUUGAUCAGCUCGUUCCAGCAACGGCCGUCGUCGCUCGCGACGUCCGACUUUUCCGCGUUGCGCCAUCACAUCAUCGCCCAGUCGUCUCUGUUCGUGAAGCGCGCCAAUGAAGCACGGCUCAAGAUCGCCCAUCACGCCUUGCCCUUCAUCAAAGAGGACUCGACGGUCAUUACUUACGGAUAUAGCCGGGUGGUCCACGCCGUGCUGACUACAGCGGCAGAAUCAAAGCGCUCCUUCAACGUCAUCUAUGUCCUUCCCCCAACCGGGGAAAUCUCGUCGGCGCUCGCAGAUUCCAUCACCUCGCUUCAAACCCUUUCCAUCCCCACCACCGUAAUCCCGCUGCACGCCUUGGCCUACGCGCUAGCGUCCCUCCCGCCCUCUCCGGCCACACCACCACAGAUCCUCAUCGGCGCCACCGCGGUCCUGGAGAACGGUGCCAUCGUCACAGAACUCGGCACGCACCAAAUCGGACUCAUCGCCAAGUCCUGUUCCAUCCCCCUGCACGUGUGCGUGGAAUCAUACAAGUUUGUGGGCAACUUCCCGCUCGGGUACGGACCCAGUGAUCUUCGAAGAAUGGGGGUCGAACAGAAUGUCUUGCGCUUCUCCACCAGCGGGAUUACCGCCGCUCGCGAUUCGGACGCGGCCAGCCAGAAAAAGGGAGGAAACAGCGCUGCGGGACAUGUGGAUGAUUGGAUGGUGGAAAUCACGCCGCCGGAACUGAUCACGGCCCUCGUCACAGAAAACGGCAUCAUGACCCCCAACGCCGUCAGUGAGGAAUUGAUCAAACUGUGGUUCUGA